AUGUUCGUGAUUGAGGCGUCGUCAGAAGGGGGCCAGGGCAUUUUCUGCCCGGUCGCGUCCAUCUGCAACCAUCUCGCUGCCACCUGUCCCAGCCUGCUUCAGGAGCUGGCCAAGGCGGACUGGCCCUUCGACCGACCUCCCGAUGGCGUCGGUUCCUUCUAUCGACGCCCAGUCAUGUAUCUCAACAGCACUACUGGGGCACCCGAGAUGCUGUUUAGCCGCGGUGCUCUCAUUCGCUCGCCCCAGGGCUUCCGGCCCAGCGACGUACCUCUACUGACAGUUCGCCAGAAUGCUGCUCUGGACGCCAUACACUUUGCAGCAACUUCAAAAGCCCUGAAGGUUGUCUACCGCCCAGGUGACGUUUUGUUUUUCAACAACCGCCGGGUACUCCAUGGUCGCGAGGCAUUUACGGACGACAGUGUGAACGGAACCAGACAUCUGCUCCGCCUCUGGUUGCGUGAUGAGGAGCUUGCAGGCACACCACCACACCCACUCGACAUGCUGUGGAACUUGAGGUUUGCACCUCCCCGACCGGAUGAGGACGAGGCUGCCACUUGGCCGUCAACCCCUCAUUGUGUCUGA